AUGUACAUCUGUGCUGAUGAGCUGGGCCUCCUAUGUUGCCAUGAAACUGCUUGUCAGUCAAUUAAAUGCCUCACGUGUCUGACUUCGUACUGCGAGAUGCACCUGGAGCCUCACCUGAGAGUUGCCACCUUGAGGAUUCACAAGCUGAUUGAACCCGUGGCAAUGCUGCAGAACAGGAUGUGUAAAAAGCACCAAAGGCUUUUGGAGCUGUUCUGCAGAAGUGACCAGAGGUGUGUUUGUGUGCUGUGCACCGAAACGGACCACCGCUCUCACAAAACGGUCCCAGUGGAACGAGAAAGCCAAGAGAGGAAGGCGCAGAUGAAGAGGAUCGAGGGUGAUGUUCAGCAAAUGAUCCAGGACAGACUGCAGAAAGUGGAGGAGAUUAAACGAUGUGUGGAGCUCAGCAAAGUAAAUUCAAAGAGAGACAUAGAGAAAAGCGUGCAGGUUUUCUCCGCUCUCAUUCGUACCAUGGAGAGAAAUCAAGCCGAGCUGGUGGAGAUGUUCCAGAGGAGGCAGGCGGCAGCGGAGCAGAGGGCAAACAGGCUCGUUGCAGAACUUGAGCUGGAAAUCCGAGGGUAACUUGAGCUGGAAAUCACUGAACUGCAGAGGAGAAGAAGUGAAAUGGAGCAGCUUUUUCACACAGAUGACCACCUCCAUCUCAUACAGAGGUUUCCAGCUCUGAGUUCUCUUCCAUCGGCCAAAUCCUGCUCUGAAAUCAUCGUCCAUGCUGACACCAGUUUGGGGAUAUUACGCAGAGCAGUGGUCAGCAUUGAACAGCAGCUGCAAUCGGAGCUGAAAAAACUUUCCAUUCAAGAGCAUGAGAAGAUUCAGCAGUAUGCAGCUGAUGUUCAGCUGGACCCCAGGACAGCCAACCCUUGGCUGGUUUUAUCAGAGGAUGGGAGGCAGGUCUGGGAUGGAGAGGCUGAACAAAACAUGGCUGACAUACCAGAGCGUUUUGACACGGCGCCAUGUGUCCUCGCCCUCAAGGGAUUCACCACAGGAAGGCACUACUGGGAGGUGGAUGUCGGAGACAAGACAGCGUGGGAUAUAGGUGUAGCUAAAGAAUCAGUCAGCAGGAAAGGUUUGGUCACACUGUGUCCAGAAGAUGGUUAUUGGACUAUCUGUUUGAGGAAGGGCAGUGAGUACCGGGCAUGUGCUGGACAGGCAGAGCUGUUGUGCCUCGCUCAGAGACCACAUGUCGUUGGGGUGUUUUUGGAUUAUGAGGAAGGCAGGGUGUCAUUUUACGACGCAGAGACCCAGUCACACAUCUAUUCUUUCAAAUGCGUCCGAUUCACCGACGCCAUGCUUCCCUUUUUUAACCCUGACAUG